CUUUCUCUGCCUCAGUUCUUUGCUCCCUGUCUGUUACUCUUCCAAUGUUUUCUCUGUUCCUUAUCUCCCGUUGAAGCAAUGGAUUUCCCUUCUGAAUCUACGGCCCACUCCAAUCUAUUUCGUCAUUAAAGUUUACUUGCAGUUCUCAGCGGCGCUUCUAAACUUGUGAAUUUUUGCUGGCUGUUGUAUUUUUCAUUUUGAAGAAUUAGUUGCCGAGCUCGUUGAGUUGAUUGCCUGGUCAUGUAGAUUAGAAUUUAGAAGUUCUGCGUUUGGUGCUAUAUUUUUCUAGUGGGAUAUUAUUCUGUGCACCAGCAGAGGAGGUGAAUUUUUGACUGCCUGCACGUGGAUUUUAUCAACCUGAACCAAGCCCUCAUUUCUUUCUUUGUCGAACUUGAUUAAUUAUAAAGAAUAUGGAUCGAACUCAUAUAUUUUUAUAGCUCCAGAGAGGUCAGUCAAGGCACCUGGACAAAGAUGGAAUAUGCAGUCAUACAGAAUAACAUGUUCAGAUUCAAUUAUUUACAUGGCCUAUAUGGGUGUCACAAGCAGGAGAGCCACACUUUUGAUAACUUCUCAAGAAUAAAAUCAUCCUCCUCUAGCCUAAACUCUGUCCACUGUGGAAGCCUUGAAUCUUCGAGAAAAGUGCACCUUUUGCAGUGUAGAAGUUUUCAGAGAAGUACUUUCAUUGAUAGAGUUAAUGAAGUUGAUCAUAAAAACUGGGGCUUUGAAGACUUCGAUACUGGCAAUGGUAAUAGGAGAAAAUCAACGAAACAACUGGAUUCAGACAAGACAAUAGACUCUUCAAUUUUGUUGCUGGAAGGGCCUUUUGUCAGAAAUGACGAGGAAACUAACAUCAAAAUUCUUCAGAAUCUCUGCAAACAAGGAAGAUUAAAGGCGGCGGCAAGAUUAAUUGAUAUUAUGGCUCGGAAAAAUCAAAUUCCUCACUUUCCUUCGUGCACAAAUUUAAUUCGAGGCUUUAUUAAAUUAGGUCAAACAGAUAAAGCUUGCAGAAUCCUUAAAAUUUUGAUCAUGUCUGGUGGUGUUCCUGAUAUUAUUACAUACAACAUGGUUAUCGGUGGGCUGUGUAAAAGGGGUCAUUUAAGAUCAGCCAUUGAUAUUCUGGAAGAUAUGAGCUUGAGUGGUUGCUCCCCAGAUGUAAUUACUUAUAAUACAAUAAUUCGUUGCAUGUUUGAUAAUGGAGAAUUUGAUCAGGCUGUUAGUUUCUGGAAGGACCAAUUGAGAAAGGGAUGCCUUCCUUAUCUGAUUACGUACACAGUUCUCAUUGAGCUGGUAUGCAAAUAUUGUGGCACGGUUCGGGCCUUAGAAGUAUUGGAAGAUUUUGCAACAGAGGGCUGUUAUCCAGAUAUUAUUGCAUAUAACAGUCUCGUUAAUUUCACUUGUAAACAGGGGAAAUAUGAGGAAACUGCUUUGGUUAUUCUAAAUCUUCUCUCCUACGAGAUGCAGCCCAAUAAUGUGACAUACAACACUCUGAUCCACUCCCUUUGUAACCACGGAUGUUGGGAUGAAGUUGACGAGAUUUUGAUGAUCAUGAAUGGGACUUCCAGACCCCCCACAGUUGUUACGUACAAUAUUCUGAUUAAUGGCUUGUGCAAGAGUGGACUUCUAGGCCGUGCAAUAAGCUUCUACAAUAUAAUGGUUUCUCAGAACUGUUCACCAGACAUUGUUACUUACAAUACUCUUCUAGGUUCUAUGUGUAAACAGGGAUUUGUAGAUGAGGGCAUCCAAUUGCUUCACUUUUUGGUUGGUACUAGCUGUUCUCCUUGUUUGAUCACAUAUAAUACCGUGAUUGAUGGGUUGGCCAAAAUGGGAUCUAUGGAGAAAGCAAAAGAGUUAUAUAGUGAAAUGGUAGAAAAGGGAUUCAUUCCUGAUGAAAUUACUCACCGUACUUUGAUUUGGGGAUUUUGCCAGGCAGGCCAAGUUGAGGAUGCUUUGGAGCUAUUACUGGAGACGUGUAAGAAUGAACAUAACAUUGGGAAUUCUGCUUACAAACUUGUCAUCCUUGGAUUAUGUAGACAAAACAAGGUCGAUGUUGCCAUUCAAGUUCUAGAUAUGAUGCUAAAAGUUCAAUACAAGCCGGAUGACAGGAUAUAUUUGGCUAUAAUUAAAGCUGUUGCUGACGGGGGGAUGAUAAAAGAGGCUAAUGAUUUGCACCAGAAGUUCGUUGAAAGGAAGAUUCUGAAAAAUGGAACCAUUUUGAGUUAAUUGGAGUCUACCCGUAAGGAUUAGCCUACUUUAAUGAUUCUGGCCAUGUGCGAAUUUUGCUUUUCUAUGAGGUGAUUUGUGUAGUUAUAGUUGUUUGAGAGUGCCUGGCACUUUUCGCUUGUUAAAGUAUCUUGGUGGGUGCCGUAAGUGUGUGUUCGGUACACACCAAAAGAAUAAAAAAUAAAAAAUCUUGAAAAGAAAUAAAGAAUGUAUUUCGAAAGAAAAA